GAGGGUAGUGCGCGAUGGCGGAGUGCAGGCUGCUGUGCGAGCUCGCGCUGCUGAUCGCGGUAACGGCGAGUGCCGCUCGCGCCUUACCUUUACACGCUGCCCAGCGCGCGGGAGAUCAGUGCGGCUACAAGUCAUGUCCAGCCACGAAGCCGUCCAUGCUGAACGUCCAUCUGGUCCCUCACACGCACGACGACGUCGGCUGGCUGAAGACGGUGGACCAAUACUUCUACGGAGGCCGUAAUUAUAUCCAGCAUGCGGGGGUGCAGUAUAUCCUGGACUCAGUGGUGGCGGAGCUGCAGAAGGAUCCGGCUCGCAGGUUCAUCUACGUGGAGACGGCGUUCUUCUUCCGCUGGUGGAGUCAGCAGAGCCGGAGCACUCGGAACAUUGUCACUCAGCUCGUUCAGGAGGGUUGUUUAGAGUUUGUUAAUGGCGGAUGGUGUAUGAGUGAUGAAGCUUCCACUCAUUACAGCUCCGUUAUUGAUCAGAUGACUCUCGGCCUGCGUUUCCUAAACGAUACGUUCGGUGAAUGUGGACGACCGAGAGUUGCCUGGCACAUCGACCCAUUCGGACAUGCCCGUGAGCACGCCUCCAUCUUCGCCCAGAUGGGUUAUGACGGGUUCUUCUUCGGCCGGCUGGACUACCAGGAUAAGGAUCGCCGGAUGAAGACCAAAGAGAUGGAGAUGGUGUGGAGAGCCAGUGCCAGUCUGAACCCCCCCACAGCUGACCUCUUCACCGGCGUUCUGCCAAAUGGCUAUAACCCUCCUCCGGGGUUCUGUUGGGAUCAGUCCUGCUCCGAUGAUCCGGUCCAGGAUGACCCAGCGCUGGAGGACUAUAAUGUGGAUGACCUGGUCAGCAGGUUUAUCAGCAUUUCAAAGGCUCAGGCCGCGCUCUAUAAGACCAACCACAUUGUCAUGACAAUGGGGUCGGACUUCCAGUAUGAAAACGCUAAUCCGUGGUACAAAAACAUGGAUAAGCUGAUCCACUACGUUAACGCUCAGCAGGCUAACGGCAGCCAGGUGAACGUCCUCUACUCCACACCUUCCUGUUACCUGCAGGAGCUCAACCUGGCCAAUCAAACCUGGCCGUUAAAAUCGGAUGACUUCUUCCCAUACGCUGAUGGUCCUCACGAUUUCUGGACCGGUUACUUCACCAGCCGCCCGGCACUGAAGCGAUACGAGAGACUGAGUAACAGCUUACUGCAGACCUGCAACCAGCUGGAGGUUCUGGGGGGACCCAAGUCCAGGAGCGGCCCAUUUGGGAAAGGAGACAGUGACACCAUGAAGCGGGCUAUGGCUGUAGCUCAGCACCACGAUGCGGUUUCUGGAACCGAGAAGCAGCACGUAGCCGAUGACUACGCCAAGAGACUGGCAGAGGGCUGGGCUCACUGUCAGGUGUUGGUCAGUAACUCUCUGUCGGUUCUCAGUGGGUCUGAGGUUCCGAGGGUGUUCUGUGAGAAUCUGAACAUCAGUGUGUGUCCACUCACCGAGGGCAGUAAGAUGUUCUCUAUGAACGUGUAUAAUCCUCUCGCUCGUCCUGUAAGCUGGUCGGUCCACCUGCCUGUUAACGGCACUUCGUACAACGUCACAGACUCCAGUGGGAACGUGGUGGACAGUCAGGUUCUCCCCGUCUCUAAGCCCACUCAGUAUAUUCGGAGGGGGCGGGGUUAUGCAAAGUAUGAGCUGGUGUUCCAGGUUCAGGCCCCGCCCCUUGGGUUCAGUACGUACUCUAUCACUCUGCUGAAAACUGAUGUAACUCCAGCUGAACCUGAGCGCCGCGCCCCCGUCUCCAUGGAGAACAAGUACCUGAAGGUGACCUUUGACCCUAAUACUGGCCUCCUGAGUGGACUGACCAACCUGGAAACACAGCAGAGCGUCCAGCUCACGCAGAACUUCUACUGGUACAAUGCUAGUGUUGGGAACGCCGAGAGCAGCCAGACGUCCGGAGCGUACAUCUUCAGACCCAACUCCUCCACCCCGUGCGCCGUCAGCAAGAAGCCCGAUAUUUCCACCCUGCAGAACUCGGUGGUCCAGGAGGUGAGGCAGCAGUUCAGCCCGUGGGUCUCUCAGGUGGUCCGUCUGUACGAGGGCAGCAGAGAGCUGGAGCUGGAGUGGACGGUCGGCCCCGUACCUGUGGAGGAUGGUUUCGGGAAGGAAGUGAUCACUCGGUUCGACAGCAACAUCAGCUCCGCUGGAUACUUCUACUCUGAUUCCAACGGCCGAGAAGUUCUGGAGAGACGGAAAGACUAUCGGCCCACAUGGGAUCUGACACAGACCGAGCCGAUCGCGGGAAAUUAUUACCCAAUCAACUCUCGCGCUUUCAUCAAGGAUGGUAAGGCUCAGCUGACCGUGGUGACUGAACGCUCUCAGGGCGUCAGCAGCAUCUACAACGGCUCCCUGGAGAUCAUGCUGCACAGGCGUUUGCUGAGGGAUGAUUAUCGGGGGGUGGGCGAGCCCCUCUCUGAGCCUGGUGAGUUCGGCAAUGGGCUGGUGGUCCGCGGGCGGCUCCUGCUGACCCUCACUCCCCCCGAAACGGCCGCAGAUUCACACCGGCCACUCGCUCAGGGGCUGGUGCUGCAACCGCUCCUGUCCUUCCAGGAGGGGGCGCCCAAACCCACCAGCAAACUGGAGUUCUCGGCUCUGCAGGCUGCGCUGCCCCCUGCUGUUCACCUGCUGACUCUCUCUCAGUGGGACUCGGAGUCUGUGCUGCUGAGACUGGAACAUCAGUACGAGAGCGGAGAGAGUAAAGCCUUCUCCCAGCCCGUUACCCUGAACCUGCAGAAGCUGUUCUCCACUCUGGAGGUGUUGGGGGCAUCAGAGAUGAGUCUGGGAGCCAAUCAGUGGAAGGAGAACAUGACCCGUCUACAGUGGAACCCCAGUGACGGUGAGGGUGUGGAGCCCCUGUGGGUGGGGCUAGGAGACCCUUCCCCCUGGGAGAUCAUUCUGAACCCGAUGGAGAUCCGUACGUUCCUGCUCAGGGUGCGUCAGAGAUAGCCCAGGACAGCCACAGCAGCCAAUGAGUGUGCAGUGCAGAAUCCAGAAGCUGUACGGCGCGACUAAUGAAACGAGCUGUUUCUAUUCACAGUGGAGGCCUGCAGUCUCCCUGAAAACGAAUUGCCUAUAAUUACUGAUUUGUAAUGAAACGUCUGCUCUGCUUUCUCUUGCACUCCUCUGGGGACGUGUGGUCAUUCUGUAGUUGGUGUUGGUGACGUUAGGAUCAGGACGAGUUCUGGGUCUGAUUUGUCUGCCUGUGUUGGAAAAUUGUUUUGCUUCGUUUUUCCAUCAGUGAUUUGAUUUAUGACAUCAUUAAAUACUCAAUACCAUAGUUAUUGCUAUAUUCAUGCGCAUAUGACGGCGCAAUUUGAACAGUGUUGGUUUCAUAGUCUUGGAUUCAACAUAGAUUAAACGGCCCAUAUCAUAAGAACACAUUUAUUUUCUCUUUUUUAAAUUGGAGUUUGGUGUAGUGAGUAAACGGGUAGAGUACAGACCCGGCACCUCCCACACACGGGCACUAAACUGCAAAACCGGCUUCAGUUUAUGAUGCCAUAAAAACACAUGCCCAUUAACCUUCAGCAGCUACAGCGGAAUUCCAGACUUUUCUAGAAAUGUUUGAGCACAGUUUGAUAAAAAAUGGUUUAUUGUACAGUAAUUUACAGACUCGGACGUCUUUACAGUGGUGGUGAUGGGAACCAGGCGUUGCCAUGUCUACAACACAGAUACAGACACUUUAUUUACCAUCCAGAACCACCAGAGAACCUACACCAGUCUUCUGAGCUCAUGUGGACUGUUGAUGUGUUAACGGUUUGUUUAUUGUCCACUCCACUUAGCGCCUGGGGGUCUUUUCGUCAACACUGUGCCUCGACUCACGAGUGCUCUUCCACACUGGGGGAGUUUGUGCAAUAUUCCAGAGUGACAGAUUUUUAAAUUCUUGCCUUUUAUUGAUUUGUGUAUUGAUCAACCUGGGUUUAUAAACGAGCAGCUAAAUAAAUAUUUUAUUCAGAA